AUGGAUCCGUCUCAGAGUGGACUCAAAAAGAAGCUGAAGAAGAGACGCUCCACGUUGUUUGCCAGGCUGAGCGAUGGCUUUGCCCAAAGCUCUGGAAGUGAAGAAAGUCCCUUUCCUUUCUCUCAGGACAGUUCUGUGAAGCCAUGGAAUUCUAUGGAGAAUUUGGAUAGCCCAGAAGCUAAGGGUAAGAGGGAAGGGCCCGAAAGGGCAGAGCGUGUGAGACCAUCAAACAUCAUGAACAUUAACGUCGGCGGGAAAGUAUUCCGUAUUGCGAAGAGCGCGGCCCUCCAGUACCCGCAGUCUCGCAUCGGCUCCCUGGCCCUGUGCACCGACCAAGUCAAGAAACUCGCACUCUGUGACGACUAUUCGGUGCUCACUAACGAGUUCUUCUUUGACCGCGAUCCCGCAUUCUUUCACUACAUCUUCCAUUUCUACCGGAAUGACAUUCUGUGGGUGAUGAGAGAGCUCUGCCCCAUUAACUUUGAAGAGGAAAUGGCAUACUGGGGACUGAGCAUGAAGGAGACCCAGCGCUGUUGCCGCAUCCUCUUUGAGGAAAAGGUGGACGACCUUAAGGACUAUCUUAAAGUUGAAAGGGAGCUCAUGGAGGAAAUACAGCCCAAGCAGGAUGAGGAGGGCUUUCAUGGUAUGUUCCUCGCUGGUCUCCGCAAGGCCCUGUGGGACUUGAUGGAGAACCCUUACUCCUCAAUGGCUGCCAAAACCUUUGCGGUAUUUUCUAGCAUAUUUGUGAUAAUCUCUAUUGUGGCGAUGACACUCAACACUGUUACAGAACUAAAAACUUCCAAAGUUUACGGGAAGACUUAUAUGGAGUGUGUAGAGAUUGUAUCAAUUAUUUUCUUUACCUUUGAGUAUUUCUUAAGACUUCUUACAACUUGUGAUAUUAAGCAUUUCCUGAAAAGUGCACUCAACUUUGUUGACCUGGUGGCUGUCAUGCCCUACUUCAUCCAACUGAUCUUUGAGGCCUUUGCCAGUCAAGAAGACCUGAGUGUUCAAGAAGACCUGCAAACCAUGGCACGAGUCAGCAAGGUCAGCAAAGUGUUGAAGGUGGUGAAACUCAUGCGCAUUUUCCGUAUCCUCAAGCUGGCACGACAUUCCACCGGCAUGCGGGCGUUCGGCUUCACCGUCCGGCAGUGCAAGCAGCAGGUCUGCUGCCUGUUCCUCUUCAUCGCCAUGGGCAUCUUCACUUUCUCUGCGCUCUUGCACUCUGUGGAACAUGAUGUCCCUGGGACCCCUUUCAGCAGCAUCCCUGAUGCCUGGUGGUGGGCUGCAGUAAGUAUCUCCACAGUAGGCUAUGGUGACGUGGUGCCCAUAUCCUUCCUGGGUCGAGUGGUGGCAUUUGGCUGCAUCUCCUUUGGUAUAAUCCUGAACGGCAUGCCCAUCUCAAUCCUGUUUAACAAAUUCUCUGACUACUACGUCAAACUGAAGGCACAGGAGUACACGCACACUAAUGUGGAAAUGGGGCUGAAUCUCAAAGCUCGCUUACAAGACAAGCUCAGCAUUUUCUUUCGACCCCAAGCGGAGGAUUUGGAUGUGGCCGACCGGCCUUCUCAGACCACUUUAGUGUGAAGGUGAGCGAGCGGCCACAAGGUGAAAGGUGGGAAAAUUCUCUGCACUGUAAAGACAGACAGGAAGUGCAAUCUGCAUUGCUAUGAAGAGCAAAUUAUCUUCUGUGUUGUACCUCUGACUUCAUGACUGCUUCCAUAUCCUAUUCACUAUAAAGGGAUAUUAAUAUAAAGGGGGGGAAAAAAAACAUUUGUAUCCAGGUACUUUUAAAGUGUUCUUAAAACUACUGAUCCCAUGAGUCAUUUGACCCAGCUAACCAGCAUAUCGAGUUACGUUUGUUAAUCUGUUCUGGAUUCUUCAUUGUCUUGAACAAGAAAAGCCUGUAUCCUUCAAAACGGGAAGGAAUUUUAAGCAGCCUCCAAGUAUGCAGCUGAACCUGAAUGAGCCGAUUUAAUCCCCUCAAAUUAACGUAACGACGCGUUCUUUUUAUUGUAGUUUUUGGGUGGUGAGAAACAUUGGUAGAAAGGGGGGAAGGGGAGUCAUAGACACAGAGCAAGUAGAAGAUAAGGAACUAAGCUUUGGUUAAUAAGAUUAUGGAAGGCUGUGGGAGAGGUGAAGUGUUCUGGAUAUGUAAUCUAAAUGGUCCACUUUAAAUGAAUCUGAAGUGAAACUUUUUUUUGCACGCUGUUUAUAGCACACACACACACGUGGGCUCCUCACACAGCCAGUCUUCAUCUUCUGUCAGCCACUGGAAUCACCCAGUCAGUUUACUUGCACAUGUGCAGUGGAUGCACACCAGUGUACAAAAAGGUUUGCUGGACCCAAAAUUUGGGCUGCCAGUGUACUGUAGCAAUUUACGUCAUUCACCCUGUGCGUGGGCAGUGAUGGAAUGUGGUAAAGUGAAGCAUGAAUUGGCUUCCUUUAGUUCCUAGUGGAAGAAGGGUGUGGGGUCAGUUGCUGAUCAGAGAGACGAACCAGUGCAGCAGUUAACAGGCCCUAUGUCAAACUGCUGACAUACAAGUCACACAGCUAAAUAAAACCGCCAACAGCCAGGAUGUGGAAACUGACGUCCUGCACACCAUGAUAGGAGAGCUACAGCUGCCCAGAUAAAGGUCAGAUAUACAGGAAAUGUGAGAAGCCAAAUCACAUAGUCAACACAUACAAAGUCACAUUGUCCUCCUAUGACUUUCACUGCAAUUCAGCACCUCAUCAAUUGCCUCGUUCCUAUUCUACGUUAACCAACAUGGAGACAACAUAGUUGGGUUUGACCCGUUUCACAGACUGGGAUUCUCUGCACAGGGCAAUAGUGGGACAAGUGUACUCUCCCAGGCAGGAACAAUACUGGGCCUGGGUGUAUGAAAGCGUUCUGAGACUUGAACUUCUGAAUCCUGAGGUCACUCUGGUGAUCCAGUCACUACGAGGGGUCCCAUGGGUAUUUACCCAUGAAGGGAUGUACAUGGUCAGCAAGAUCACUCAAAUAGGCUUUGGCACUCAAGCAAUGAUCAGUUGCUAUCAAUAGGCCCUAAGUAUGCCAAGAAAAUCUUCCCCACACUAUUUCCCCCCCACCCCUAGCCAUGGUCCAGGGAUUCAUGCUGACCCUACAAUUUGUGUGGCUCAGCAAAAAUAGAGAUUCAAUAGACCAGACUAUAUUUUUCCAGUCUUCAACCGUCCAGUCUUGGUGAGCCUGUGCCCACUGCUGCCUCAGCUCUCUGUGUUUGGCUGAGAGGAGUGGAACCCGACAUGCUCUCUGCUGUUCUGGCUCAUCUGAAUGUUCGACUUGUUGUGCACUCUGAGAUGCUUUUCUACUUACCACAGUUAUGCAGGGUGGUUAUCUGAGUUAGCGAUGUCUAUUUGUCAGCAGUCAUAUUCACAUGUACUUCAGAAGCUCCUCAUAUCAGUAAAAAACAGGUGCCCGUACUCCCCUCGCCAUUCAGCACCAGGCACCAGUACUCCCCUUGUUACUCUGUGCCGGUAUAUAAGAAACAUUCACAGUACUCUGAAGAGAAAAACAAACUGGAGCCAGUACUGCAAACCCGUGAGUACUGGCCGACUUCAGAACCAAGAAUACAAAGCCCAAUCUAUCACACAGAGAAUAUAGCAUAUUCUCUUCCUAAUGUUAUUAUAUGAAAUAAAUCUUUUUUUCCCAAAUUUAUACUGAGGAUAAUAUGGUAGCCUCACACGUCUAGUCAUUUUAAUACAGUGUCAGAGUAAAGGCCACCAAGUAUUUCACUAGACUGAAUUAUACUGAGUAUAACUGUA